AAACAGCCUGGGCUUCGCUGAGGAGAUGGUGAGCCUUGGCUGGAGUUAGAGUUAAGGCCAGGCCUGCCCUCACUUCACGCAUUUCUACAGUGUCCUGAGUCGCUGGGGCCAGAGCUGGCGGGGCCUAGCCUGCGCGGAGCGCAGGGAGCCUGCAGAAGAGGCGUGAGGGUCGUGGGGCGAAGACUCCCCGACCCUCUGAGGACGGUCCAAGACCCGGCGCCUCUAGUCCGCUUUCUCCACUUUUCUGCUGAGAACCCCCGCCUCGGGACUCAAGUGAAGAGCCGGCUGUGUUCUAGAGAUUUUGGAACAGCUUCAAGCUAUUCAGGGGAUGUGGGCGCGCCUGGUAUAAGUCGUUGAACCCCAGAAUACAUUCUUUCAUUAUGGAUGGAGAGGAUGAUGGUAACCUUGUUAUCAAAAAGAGGUUUGUGUCUGAGGCAGAAUUAGAUGAACGGCGCAAAAGGAGACAAGAAGAAUGGGAGAAAGUUCGAAAACCUGAAGAUCCCGAAGAAUGUCCAGAGGAGGUUUAUGACCCUCGGUCUCUCUAUGAAAGACUACAGGAACAGAAAGACAGGAAGCAGCAGGAGUAUGAAGAGCAGUUCAAAUUCAAAAAUAUGGUAAGAGGCUUAGAUGAAGAUGAGACCAACUUCCUUGAUGAGGUUUCUCGGCAGCAGGAACUAAUAGAAAAGCAACGAAGAGAAGAAGAACUGAAUGAACUAAAGGAAUACAGAAGUAAUCUCAACAAGGUUGGAAUCUCUGCAGAAAACAAGAAGGAAGUGGAGAAGAAACUGCCUGUGAAACCAAUUGAAACCAAGAACAAAUUCUCCCAGGCAAAGCUGUUGGCAGGAGCUGUGAAGCAUAAGAGCUCAGAGAGUGGCAAUAGUGUGAAAAGACUGAAACCAGACUCUGACCCAGAUGACAAGAGUCAAGAGGCCCCAUCCUGUGUAUCUGUUGGAAGUACCUCCCUGAGUGGCCCAUCCAUUCACUGCCCCUCCGCCGCUGUCUGCAUCGGCAUCCUCCCAGGUCUGGGCGCCUACUCUGGGAGCAGCGACUCUGAGUCCAGCUCAGACAGUGAAGGCACCAUCAACGCCACGGGGAAGAUCGUCUCCUCCAUCUUCCGAACCAACACCUUCCUGGAGGCACCCUAACUCCUAUCCUUCCCACAGGGAGCUCCCCCUAGAACGGUCAGACCGUCCAUUCUGCCUCCAGGCAAUACCUCCCUCCAAAACUCCUUUGCCGGCCCUCUGUGCACACCGUGACACUUUUAACCUCACCUAAAAAUGUGCCAGAUCACUUGUAGCCAGAACUGUGUUUGGUCUUCUUCCUGCUGUGGUGCAGAUGACCAUACCCCUGCCUCUUCCUCUCUGACAUGGUAGGGUGGUGUGGCUGCAGAAGCUGUGCCUGGGGGGAUCAGCAGGACUAGCUAGUAGAGGAUGCUGCUGGGUUUUGUUGCUUUCUUCUUUUCUGUUUUUCCUUUCCCAACAGUGCCAGAAGCCAGGGCAGUUGUUGCACAGGUGUUAUUUAAAGUUUAUUGUAGACAAAUGUGUUGUUCAGUUCGACUGUGUUGUGGAGCAUGUGGAGACAAAGCUGACCGGUGGGAAAUGGAGCACCUCUCUGAACUAAGUCCUCCGUGUUGUCUUGCUGUCGUGAUGUUGAGUGCUAAGUAAAGAUAAUGAAGUCCAUCUGCAGGGGAUGUCAGUUGACUGACACCAGCCUUCAUUGUGAAGUUUGCCUUACUGUUGGCCACUCCUGUCCUCUCCAUCCAAUCCCAUUUGUAUAGGAAUAGGCUGGUAAUGAGCAAGCUUUUAUCUUCUACUCAGAUCUUUUCUCUGCCUAGCAAGUUAUUUUAUUUUUGAUUUUGAAAUAAAAGAUUUAGUUUAAGAUUUUAAACUUUUGAGAAACAAGCAGUGGCCUUAUUUAACAUGGCCAGAAACCAGAACCACUGGUGUGUACGUUAGCGAGAUGACUUUUCUGGCGGCUUCUGCAAUCUGAAUACUACAAACUAGCUGGGCACACCUGCAUGUUAUGACUAUGCUUGGCUUCCCUCUGAGGCAUUUCUGUUUCAUGCUUGUUAGAGUUGUGGCUUUUAACUGUGAAAGCCCUUGUAAGCCUAAAGGUGCUGCCCUAGCACUUUUCUUUAAUCCACUGUCCCACUGCUCUUUCCCUUCCCAAACAGCAGUUCCAAAGCCACAGGCAGCCAAGAAGCAGAGGAGCUCUGCCCCCUCUGUCUCAUAGAGGGAACUAGGCUCAGCCCUGAGUGGGUGAAAGGGAGGUGUGGAGAAGAGGAUAUGGAGUCCUCUGGGGAGAGGUGGGUAUGAGCUUUAAAACAGUCUGGAUGUCCCCCUGCCUCAGGAGAGAAAGCCCGUGUAACUCUUUCCCUUGGUUCCUGCGUCAAUGGUUUCUGUUUCCUCGGGUGUGAGACUGAGCGAGACACACGUAGAAUGUGUUGACACUAUGAUGCCGGCAGUCAGGGAAGCUACUUACUUUUAACGUGGGCAGAGAGGCUUCUGGGUCUCAUCCAACCCACUUCUUUUCCUUUUCCAGUUUGGCUAUACUCUGGUGCCCACUGGCAGAUGGUGGCGUCCCCUCACCCAUAACUGAUGCCUUGUGAAUUCUGUCUUCCUUUUAGGACUUCUCAGUGUUAAUUGUCUCUGACAAUAUGGGUGCGUCAGCUCCAUGCUCACAAACAAGAUGUUAGGUAAAACUGUGUAGGCACCUUCUGCCUUGCUGCUUCAUUGUUCCUGCAAUUGUGCUGUCAUGGUUGCAGCAUAUACCCAGAGAAAACUCGAAUCAUUUCAGGAGGCAGGCCAAAGAAUUAAAGUCACCAUCUUUAUGUGGUUUGACUUUUCAGAGGCCAUUACUGUACCUCGUGGCCUCUGUUGAUGUUUGAAGAAGUUGACCAAGGGUUGCAGAGAUUAAAAUCAUACAGGAACUUCAAAGUGAGUAAAUCAGAGAAGGAUCUCUUGCCUCUCUUGUACUGCAUCCUGGGCCUCCAGGUCUCCCAUCACAGAUUGGAUUGUGCAGGUUGAAUCUUCAGACUGAGAUCCUGUGCUCAAGAGAGAUUAAGUCCCUAGGGUCCUUUCAUUGUUGUCUGUUGUGCCCAUCAGCAUAGAGCCUUGAAACUGAAACAUAGCUUCUGUAGGAACCAUGGGUAGCAAAGGAGGAUCUGUACCUAACGGGAAGUGGCCUGUGGAAGCAUCCAGGGUAGAACUCAUGGUUCUGUCCCAAAGAAUGAGAUAUGUAGGGAUGGAAGGAAACACUGCUUAAAACCAAAAAAUUAUACAGUUGGCCCUCCAAGUUGGCUGGUUCUGCUUCUGGAUUCAUCCAGUUACCGAUUGAAAAAAAUUUGAAAAAAGCAUUGUGUCUAUACUGAACAUGCAGUUUUUUAUUCUCUAAACUGCAUAUAGCAGCUAUUUACAUAGCUUUUGCAUUUUAUUAGGUUAUUCUAGGUAAGCUAGAAGUGAUUUAAAGUAUCCUGAGUGCUUCCCUUUGCACUGCUCUCUUCCCACCCAAGAGAGAAACUCCAUUUGCCUAGACCAUCCCACCGCCACAGCUUCUCCUCCCUGGGACCUCAGCCUCAUUCCACCUUGCACAGAUACACUGCUGAUUCUGAACUUGGAGCCAGACAUUCACUGGCUGUUUCAUUUAGGCAAGGUCCAGAGGGGCCUCACUUUCCUCCUUGGGAAAAAGGAAUGGUGCCAUGGUCUUCCUUGGGAAGGAUAAGAGAAAAUGUAGAUAAGGUGCUUGGUAUGCCACCUGAUGCUCAUUAGGCAGUAGCAGUCCUUAGUGCUGUUACCAUGGGCCUCCUCACUUCUGAGUGUGGUGUCAGCUGUGUUAGUGUGGCUUGUGCAGGCCUCUUGGUCACACUGGCAUUCCUCAGUUGCAUCUAGAACGCUGAAAUGCCAAAAGAUCAGAUCUGGUUGUCAGUGCUCCACCACCAGUCUCUGCUGUGUGCUGUUCUCUGCUGAAUGUUAAUUCCUCUGGCACACCCGGUUCCUUGGCUGAAGUGUCUUAGCCGUGGGUAUAUGGCUCAGCUGUCAUCUUAAGCCCCUCCAGAAAAACAAGGAGAGCUCAGUGGCAGUGCAUAGCCAUUUGGAUUUGGUGUUUUCUUGAUUUCCUGGCGUGCCCAGCCUGGUUUCACAUGCCAGGGUAGAAUGCAAUUUCUGCUCAGUGGGAGGCUAGAAUCUUGGCAAAACUUUUGCAGUCACAGGUUGAACACAAGAAGCCAGUCUCACAUUCAUGCCUUAGUGAUGCUGGAAAGGGCUGGAGGUUUGCUCUCUUACCUGCUGGAGUUGAUGGUGUAGGGGAGAGGGAGUCUCAGCAGUGACCAGCAGAAUAUGGCCCCAGCACUGGAGGAAAGCUUUGCGGAGGUCUUCACCUGAGCUUUAUGCUGUAAGCUGGCCUGCUCUCUUCCUCUUUCAGUAGUAAUCAUGUACAUUGUUGUCCCUUGUGUUGAUCUCUCAUUCAGUGCGUGCUGCUAUGGAGGUCUUAGGCAGCUUAGGACAUUUCUGUGUUAUUUUAGUGGAUGGUUGUGUCUUUAAUUCUGAAAAAGAUCCUAUGAAACAGCCUUUCUCUACAUUUUACACAGGAAACCAAAAUUUCCAGCAGUUCAGUGAUUUGCCUGGCAGCUGACAGAACAAGAGUUUUUAUUUGAGCUUUUAAGUCUAGCUUUUUGUGACGUUAGUGCAUGUUUUAAACAAAUGCCAGCACCCAGGCCUCAGUGGAGGAGUCUCCAGGCCAGGGUGGAGUCUUUCUGUCAGGUUUCUAAGUCUGCUUUUCACCCUGUUCCUGUGGAAGAGCCAAGCAGCAGCAGCAGCUUGGAGUUUUAAAAAGGCAAUGCACCCUUGUCUAAAGUUUAGGCACGUUCUUUUUCCUGUAGACUGGAGCCAGCCAAGAGUACAGAGCCUGCUUGACUUACCCCUGUAGUCUCAGGCAGAGGGGUCAGACAGCAGGAGGGCCUGGGUCUCCCACUAAGGGAGGCCUUUCAGAAGUAGCAACUGUGGCCCACACAUCUGGUCUGUAGGAGCAUGAACUUUGGGGACAGACUUCUGGAGAGGCCUUUGGGCAGGUGGACUUGACAGACUCUCCCAAGUUGGAGCAGCACAGACCUUCCUGGAUAUAACAUCCACUAGUCACUUCAGUACCAAAUGAGUAAACAGUCUUGUGCUAAUGUCUGUCUGGUAGCUGGCCAGGCAAGUGAACCAAAAUGAGCCAGAUAUACCAGUACUGGGCUUCAUCCAUGUGGCUGGCUGGCCUAGGUAGUGGAGGCACUGUCUUCCUGAAGGCUCUUCCACAAAUCAGGGUUCUGUGCAUGCCAGCAGCUCUCAGAGAGAAGGGAAAGUAACCCCAAACCAUACUUCAGUGGUUUCUGGUGGCUACAGAAGUCAUAGAAGGAUUAAAAGCUUAGGGUGCCCCUCACUCAUUCCUACCAGCUAAACUGGCUCCUGAGCUUGCUGGGCACCUGCCUGGUGCUGCCCAGUUGGAGCAGGUCACUAGUGGAGUGGAGGGACAAGGCCAUCAUUCAGCAGCUUCAACAGAAGCCUUUGCAAAGCCUCCCUCCUGAAGGCUUCAGGAAGGCACUGGAUGCAACAGAACCAGUGUAGGCAUGGAGUCAGCCAGAUACAUAUGUAUUGGGCUCUGCCUUGAGUAGGCCUGAUGUGCUGCUGCAUGUGCUUCCAAGAAUCUGAAGUGGUUCUGGUUGGGGCUGUUGGAAGGGUUCAUCAAGAUGCACCUUAGGUAGAGCUGGGGCUAUAACUCAGUGGCAUAGUACUUGCCUAGCAUGCACACACACACUCCUGCAAAGCAUUCCUUGGGGAACUGGAAACAGUGCUUAACAGAAUGUUAGCUAUUACUGGUUACACAUAAGCCUGUGUCAAGGGGCUGGCUGGAAUUUCAGAGGAGGUAGAUAAAAAAGGGAGGGGUGUUUAUCUGCAAGAGAGGGAACUGGGAGAUCGGAUGGUUCCAGAGAGGUCCUCUGGCUGCUCUUGUAAAGCUGGGCCUGCAUCUAGAAAAGGAUGGAGGCCUAACCCUAACCCUAUUGAGGUCCUAAGGCCAAAGAGGCUUUUGCACACCGCAGACUACAAGGCCUGGGAGACCUAGAGGAGAGGACCAAGUGGGUGGCAGUAACUGCUGUCUAGCUGGGGGGUGGG